UGAGUGAUGACGGCUUGUGGCCGGCCUAAGGGGAUCUCACCGGUGGGCAGUGAGCGAUGACCAGGCUCCUGGGCGUGGCGCACAGAGUGGCUUUGGCUGCCGUGCGUUGCAGUGGCCGCAGCUGCCGCGGGCUCGCCAUGUUCUAUGCCGUGAGGAGGGGCCGCAAAGCCGGGGUCUUCCAGACCUGGGAUGAAUGCAGAGCCCAGGUGGACCGGUUUCCUGCAGCCAGAUUUAAGAAGUUUGCCACAGAAGAGGAAGCCUGGGCCUUUGUCAGAAGCUCCGCAAACCCUGAUGGUUCAGAAGGGCAGAAAAAUAAACGUGUACAAGAAUCACAAGUGAAGGCAAACAAGCGACUUCAUGAGCCCUUGGAUGAAGGUGAAGGUGAAACCACAGAGCCGUGUGCAAAGCACGUGAAACAGAAUGCAGAACCGCUGCCUUCAGUGAGCAAGGACACGUUUUCUUAUAUGGGGCACUCUGUCGUCGUCUACACGACGGCUGCUGCUCAGUAAUGGGCGGAGAGGGCUCGAGCAGGAAUCGGUGUUUACUGGGGGCCGGGCCAUCCUUUAAAUGUAGGAAUUAGACUUCCUGGGCGACAAACAAACCAAAGAGCAGAGAUUCAUGCAGCCUGCAAAGCCAUUGAGCAGGCGAAGGCUCAGAACAUCAAUAAGCUGGUUCUCUACACAGACAGCAUGUUUACUAUCAAUGGCAUCACUAAUUGGGUGCAAGGCUGGAAGAAGAGUGGAUGGAGGACAAGCACAGGGAAGGAGGUGAUCAACAAAGAGGACUUCAUGGAGCUGGACAGGCUUGUCCAGGGCAUGGACAUUCAGUGGAUGCAUGUUCCUGGCCAUUCGGGAUUUAUAGGCAACGAAGAGCUGACAGAUUAGCAAGACAAGGCGCGAAGCAACCUGAAGACUGACCAGGUCCUUUAAUUCUUGGAACAACUUGAGCCAGUGGCUGUUUGUCACCUUUACUUACUGGUGUGAAAAUAAAACCGUAGGCUGGACCACUGCAGUCGAUGGGCAGACACAGCUUUCAGACUAAAUCAGAAAGGCAGGGUGGUGGUCCGUGGCAUGUGCCUUAAAGGUGGUUAGAUGUGUCAUAACUGAACAUCCUUUGAGAUUUGAGAAUUAUUUGAGGUUUUGUUAGAAGUAUGCUUUAUUGGGCUUGAUACUGUUCUCAUUAGUUUGAUUGCAGUCUAGACAAAAGUGUUAGGGCUUUGAUUUAAUAAGGAUGAGUAGAACAUCGGUUUAAAAAUGCAGGCAAGAAGCCUAGAAGUGUUCUAAGAGUUCAUUUACCCUACAGUUGGCAAGACUGAGUCAUGGUUUUUAGGUGGGCUUGUGCCUACGGGCGGAUUGGAGGAAGGCACGGCUCCCUUGCUGGGCACAGGGCUCUGCAGGGCCCACGCCUGGGCAGAGGGAAGGUGGGCUGGUCUUACCUGGUGGGGCACUGUGAUAGGGCCGCCUGCACACGGGCAGCCCUGGCUGUCCGACCGUUAGAUAGCAACAGUCGUAACUUCUAAAGGCCAAGACUGUAAAUAAAUGUUUAAAAUUGGGAGUGCUAUUUUUGUUAAAAGCACUAUGCAAGUUAAAAAAAAAGUUUGACGUGACUAUUUUAUCUUUUAUUACCUUUUUGUCAUAAAAACAUGCAGAAAACGAUACAAAACAAAUGUAUAGCUUAUUGAAUUGUUAUUAUAAGGUGAGUACCCUUGUAACUACCACCCAGGUCAAGAAGUAGAACUUUGCCAGGUGCCCAGAAGGCUCUUCACGUGCUCCUCCAGUCACAGCACCCCCUCCCUCCAGAACUAAUCCCGACUUGUACAGAAAUGACUUCCUUGCUUUUUCUUUGUGUCAGUUUUUAGUCUAGUCUACUCUUUUUUUUAACUUGGUAUUCCUUUUUUUUUUUUUUAAACUUGAUAUUUCGUAAGUCUCUUUAAUUUACAGGUUCCACCUCAAUCUCUGUUCUCCUUGCGGUUUAUCUGUUGAAGAGCCCGAGCCAUUUGUCCCGUCGUUUCCCACUGUCAGUUUUGUUGCCCGCGACCCCGAGGCGCUGUCUAGUGCUUUACUCUGUCCUCGGUGUUUCCUGCAAGUUGGCGGCUGGAUCCAGAGGCUCGAUGACAGGCAGCCUCCACCCCUGGGGCGCGUGUGUUACAUGCUUUCGUCAGAGGGCAGAGCGCUUUUCAUCCUUUGGAUGUUGGCGGCUGCCAGCGCUCAGGGCGCAGGCCCAUGAAUUAGGUAGCAGAAUGCUGGUAUGCUGUCACUUUGCUUACGUUUAUUGGCUGGAACAGUUUUAGAAGAUACUUCCCCUCACCUAAUGCUGGCGCUCAGUGUAGAAUUCACGUACAAAAGGCGGGAUAAAUGCUAAGAUUGGCUCCCGGUCAUCCUAAGAAGGUAGCCCAAUUAGGGGUUUUUAUUUAUAUAUUUUUAUAACAUGUAAACAUAUGUAUAUGUCAUGAACUCAUGUACUUAAGCCUGUUUGAUGGGUUUCGGUCCAUCGCAAUUUUCCUCUUUAUUGAACCCAAAUUGCAGCGGCUUUGGCCUGUAGGAGGGAGCCUCUUCAAGUGGCUCUUCAUUUCUUUUGAAAUUCAUAUAUGUACACAUGCGUGCAUGUGUACUGACCACACACAGACACACUCAUGCACAGACUGUGCACACGGUCAUAGAGAGCUUUCUUGUAGUCUGAUGUGUCAGGGUGUUCUAGACCCAUCUUGUACCUUUCCUGCUCUAGACCUGGAAUUGGCUUUUUCUCUAAGGAGCUGUAGUUUCUUUUAAUGGCAAAAAGAGGUAUUUCAGAUCCUUGGUGCUCAUUGCUACAGGGUUGGUUGUUGUUUCUAGGCCUAAAAAAUACACACGUGUGCGCACACACAUUUAAAGAGAAAGUGUUUUCUGAGCUCAUGUUGACAGUCGCAAAAACAAACUCAGGAUUCCAGGGCAUUCAACCCUUUCCGUGUUGCAGCUGUGUCUCCUACACUGAGAUCCUGGUUCUCAGGCUGUGGGACUACGGAACAGAAUAUUCCGUAAUUACACACUUGCUUGUUCUGCUUUAACAUGUGCUACGUGGAUCCUAACCCUAAUAUACCAUUAAUUACAAUGAAAACAGCACUGGAGCCACAUCGUCAGCUGUUACAUAGUAAAAUCUCUCCCCGCUGCCCUCAUUUAGUCUUAUUUCCAUGUACUUAAUGCUCAUAGCCAGUGUUUAGGUCAGUGUUAGCCUGGGAACCAUACUCCCUGGGUUUCUGUAUGUUGAAUUCAGCUUGUGUCCUUUAUACUUGAAGUUUUGCAGAAUAUGAAAUCCUUUCCUACGUUUUCUUUCCUUGAGUGUCUUAAAUAUUCUGUUUUCUUCCAGCAUAAAGUGAUGCAUGAAGAGCCUGAUGAAUCUUAUUUUUCUUCCAGUCACGUACUCUUUUUGCUUAGAUGUCCAAAGGGUUUUUUCCUCUUUCUCAAGUCAGCAGUUUUAUUAGAGUGUGUCAUGUGUUGGUGGCCCUGGGUCAGUGUUUGCAGGUAUAUGGUGCGCUUUUUCUGUAUGUAUUUUCAAAUCUACUGUUUCAAGAAAGUUUCCUUGAAUUGUGGCCUAGUGCUCUGUUUUAUUUUUUGCUUUGGUUUUCUUUCUGCGGGGACCCCUGUUUAUCUGUAUGUUGAAAUCUGAUUUACCCAUCUUCAGUAUUGCCACUUUAUCUUGAAUGUUUUAUCUGUCUUAGAUUGCUUCCAUGUCUUGGCUGCUGUAAUAAUGCUGCUAUAAACAUAGGGUUGCACGUAUCUUUAGAGGUCUGUUUUCAAAGAGGGCAGUUAAGGGAAGGGGUGUGCUGACCUACGGAUUCCCCCUGGCAGAAUCCCUGGGUCCAGGAGGGUCCUUGCUCAGCUGAGGCUUUUGAAUCCCACCCUCUGUCCUCUCAGUCCACGUCCUCUAUAGCCAAACAUGGACCUUCUCCAACACCACGGUGUCCUCUGUACCAGGGGUCUAUAUGAUGAGCAGGGUGCCCCAUUCAGGUAGGCGACAUGCUUCAACCUAACACUUUAGAACCCGGGGGCCAACUGAAUGUUAAUGUCCCCAAAUUCCUGUGUUUGAAGCCCUGACCCCCAGUAUGGCUCUAUUUGGAGAUGGGGGUGUUUGUCUCUUUCUGUUAUGAGUGCUUGUCUUAUGUUUUGUUCUUGUGUGUUUAUUAAAGUCUGAUGGGCAA